AUGAGCGACGACACUUCCAAUGACCAACUCGUUCUAAUACGCGCAGCUUCUAACGGGCCGGAUGAUCUCUUCGAAGGAUCCGAGGACUCAGAGUCUCGGUUCGAUGACCCAAACGACUCUACAGGCACCGACGACGAUCAAUCUGCGGCUGAAGACGGACAUGCUGCAGCUCUUGUCAUUCUCUCACGGGACGAUCACGUCUUUGCGCAACAAGUAUUUGGUGUCGAAGGCUACCGCGAAGUUAUUUCGGCACACGAACAGCAACAAAAAGACAUUCAAGAAUCCAUUGAGCACGAUAUUCAACCUGGAACGCAAUCUCUCGUUUCAUAUGCUGAUGCCGCCAUGUCUGAUCAUCACGACACUGAUCUUGCACCUCAAGAACAGACACAGCAACAAACACAAGGAUACGAGGAAGAAUUCCAACAGCAUGCUCAGCGAGCCCAUGAUGAGCCCUCCUACAUUAAACCAAUCCACGAAGACUCCACCGAUCGCGAUGCCACCAUGGAAGAUGUGCCAGAUGAAUCGGGUGGUGCAAUGCUGGCUACUGUCUCUCUAUCAGACCAAAAUGAAGUUGACAUGAAUGAUUCUUCAUCUCUCUUCGUCCCAGAGCACAGUCCAGCUUUCCACACGCCUGGACCGCUUCCCAGUCCUCCACACUUGAACGCCUUACCAGUGCAUCAGACUUCAGCCUCUACUGCUUCGCCUGCGCCAUCCGCCGACAAGAUGUCAAUUUACGCCAAAGUCCGCAGUAUGCAGAAACGAGCUCAGGAAAAAAAGAAACUCGUGGCCCAACAUGCCGCAUCGUCCCAUCUUGGUGCUGAGCUUGACCCAGAAGUAUAUCUGGAGGCUGUGACGGCUGGUAUCAGACCUCCAGCCGGAACCCAUACUGUCCAAGUGGACGAAGAUGAGGCGGCUCAUAGACGAGCCUUGGCCGAGUUCCAGAAGCAGGAGAAAUACUACAAUAACAUCAAGACGCAGCACAAAGGUCGGCUCCCUUUCCGGCAAGAUAUCGAAUGGAUGAAGAUCGCAGGCGUCGAGAGCGCCCGUUUGAAGAAGCGACAACGUGAUCUCGCGAUGGCCCACGAGGGUGAUGAUCAGGACCCAUUUCCUCCGGUGACCUCUCAAGCUGCUGAAGGAGAUGAAGAUUACGAAGAUGAGUUCAACGACGAAGGAAGAACUCGCAAACGUCGUCGAGGCGAACAGCCUUGCAAGCAGUCCAAGCCAAUGUCGAUGCAGGAUGCUGAGAUCAGAGCUAUGCAAGUCGCUCUAGAAGCAAACGCAGACAGGCCUGGAAAGAAGAAGAAGAAGAAGGGGGCGGCAGGCGACGACCAAGCGCAGGAGCCGCGAGCUACAACAAAAAGCAAGGUUUCCAAACUCAGAACUGCAAGACCAUCUAGAGCCAAGGCAACAGGCAAGUCGACAGCGAAAGGACCCCGCAGGACUCUCAAAGCCCAGCAAGAAGUCGAGCGCGCAAUCAAGCAGACAGCUUCACUUUUCAACGCCAAUGUGUUUGAGCUGCAGGCCAGCAUGGGAGCCGCAGACCAGCCAACGUUCCGUACAAAGAACAAAGCGGAAGCUCUCAAGGAACUCAUUGCUAGCGUUCCUAUCCAGGAUAAGAAGCAGGCGAGGAACGACAUGAACACCCUGAUACAGGCAUCGAAGGAGUUUGACGGUCAAUUUUCUUGCAAACUUGAACCCAGUGGAAAUUGGAUAGUUAGAGGGAUGAAGACAUCUCUCAAGGGAUAUCAGGUGCUGGGCAGUGCCUUCAUGCGUCGCCGUGAGAACGACGAAAAAGAGCCCAAAGGAGGCUUGAUGGCGGACCAGAUGGGGCUUGGUAAGACGCUGAUGAUGCUCGCGAACAUUGUCAACUCGCGCGAUGCCAUGAUCAAGAACAAGGGAUUUGGUCCCAGAACCACGCUUCUAGUUGCAAGUCCCAAUCUACUUUACCAGUGGGGAGCUGAGAUUGCGCAACAUACCAACUGCAACUUGAAGGUUAUGCGUUAUGGGUCCGGCCAUCGCCUUGACUCAACCCACGCUAUAUCCAUCCUCGAGACCCACGACAUCAUCCUCACCACCUACGGCGAGGUGAUGAAGUCGUAUCCAAAAAACAACCCGCCGAUCGAGUGCCAGACUGCCGAGGAAAAGAUUGCCUGGUGGAAGGAGACAUACAUCAACCAUCGAGGUGUUCUGCAUCAGAUGAAAUUCAAGCGUAUCGUUCUGGACGAAGCCCAAAUGAUCAAAAACCACCAGAGCCGAACAUCGAUCGCCUGUCGCGCUCUCAUAGCCGAUCACAAGUGGGCGCUAAGCGGCACGCCCAUCAUGAACGGCCUGGAAGAGCUCUAUCCUUACUUCAAGUUUCUCAACGUUCCGCACACGGGUAGCUUCAAGAUCUUCAAGCACAACUACUGCGGCAGUGGUAACGGCGAGAACGCGGAGCGCCUCCUUGUUCGCCUUUCCCAAUUCAUGAUUCGUCGCACCCACGCUGACAGAAUGUUCAAUGCGCCCAUACUGAAGCUGCCGCAGGCUAACCAGAGCACAUACUGGUGCAAAUUCAACUCAGUCGAGCGAAGCAUCUACAUUAUCGUCCAACAGCGCUUUGCCCAGAAGAUCAACUUGUUAGCCGAGGAAGGCACGUUGGAAAGGUCGUACAACAGUAUCUUGGUCAUGCUACUACGCCUUCGACAGCUCAGCGCCCAUGUGCUCAUGCUGCAGUUCGUCUUGAAAGAUCUCCUACAACGUGAAGACAUUGAGCGCAUCAAAGAGGUGGUCAAGCAGCAAGCCGCUUCCUCGUACGCUGAUCAGGAUCGCACUAUACUUGCCAUCCGAAAGCAAUUAGAGGCUCAUGAAUCGAAAGAGAAGAAGAAGUCGGCUACCAAAACCGCGCGCAAGCUUGCCGCCGAAGACGCUGCAAGGAAGGCAGGUACAGAAUACGUCGAGCCAGAUGAUGAUUGUGAAGACUACGAUGACGACGACGCUCCUGUCGAAGUUGCACGAGACGGUGAGACAGACGGAACGGGGAAAGGCGACCAUGGCGGCGCAAGACGCCACAGUUCAGGAAAAGCAUUCGGCAAGAGCUACAACUUCAAGCCGUUUGUGAACAGCCUCACGGUCGGCGAGGAGUGGGAGAAGAAGAAAGAAAAGGCAAAAUGCGCCGAGUGCGGCAAGCAGCCUCACAAGCCUUGGAAGACGGCGUGUGGGCACCUGAUGUGUGAUGGCUGCUACGAGGAGGUUAUGGCGGCUGCAGCGGAGGAAGAGAGGGCCAACGGAACCUGCAAAGCCUGUGGCCAGAUUGUUGGCGCGUGCGCCCCUUGUGACGAUGAAGAUGCUGACGACACGCCGGGGUCUAGCCGAACGCGCGGUAAGGCUGCGCAGAAGAAAAAGAGAGAGAAGGAGCGUCUGGAUCAUGAGGAUAUCGCAGACGACUGGCUGAGUCUGGGGGGUAAGGAUGUGUUGCCCUCCGCCAAGACCAAGGCCGUCAAGGCUCAAAUCCUCAACUGGACCCAGGAGAAUCCGACGGUCAAGAUCAUCAUCUACACGCAAUUUCUGGCGAUGAUCCGCAUUCUCGCGAAGGUCUGCCACCACGAAGGCUGGGGAACAGAAGAGUAUCAUGGCAAGAUGAGUCUGCAAGCGCGCGACAAGACGAUCAAGAAGUUUGCCAGCGACCCAGAGUCGAGGAUUUUGCUGGCUUCUCUUCGGUGCGGAGGUCUGGGACUCAACCUGACCAUGGCGUCCAGGGUCAUCAUGAUCGAUCCGUGGUGGAACGAGGCAUCGGAGCAGCAGGCUUUUUGCCGAGUCUUCCGCAUCGGGCAGCGAGACGAGACGUUCAUGAGCCGGCUGUGCGUCGAAGACACUGUCGACGAGCGACUCGUUGAGAUGCAGAAGAACAAGAAGAAGGAGAUUGACGGGGUGAUGGAAGACCGUGGAAAGAAGACGAAGAACCUGGACAUUGCCGACCUGAUGCGGCUCUUUGGCAACAUCGACGAGGCUGACGACGGAAGGCCCUUUAUUGUGGUCGACAACCCUGCUGCAACCGGUGGCUUCCGUGCUGACAGCGACGACGAGGGGUACGCGGAUGAGGCUUGA